ACGGUCGUUUGCUGGUGAUCUGGAUACUCCUCUGCGGCUUUGACGUCGCGUACUGCGAGAUGAAGGAGAUGAGCGCCAAGGACACCUCAGCAGCAAAGCAGAAGCUCGAGCCACGACCAGAGACCGUGGGCAAGGGCAAGGAGAAGGCAUCGGUGCAACAGAGUGGUAUUGGGUACGGCGGUAAUAACGACUACGGCUAUCAACCAUGGGAAAACUCCGACGGAGAGUACGAUGCCGACCUGCUUCCACCGGAGUUCUCUUACAUCUUCGGUAAGUUUAAGAACAAAAAGAACCAUUGGAAGGCCACAGGAGCGGGCAGGACAAUCUCCGACCAGAAGUCGCAAGCUUUUGAAUGCCAGCAAGCCACGGACAAGCUGGGUGCGACGAUUUUCAACCUGCUUCAGCACCUUCUACCAUCUCCUGAGCGCGGCCACUCCUUCGACAUGGAUCCGCCCACGAUGAUUACCGAGAUGCUCCUCGAAAGCAAGCUGUUGGAUUACUGCUCGGAGCUGCUGAGCUACGAAUCUCUCGACGAUGCCUUCCUGCGAAAGGCGACGUAUGGUGCUCUUCUGGAUUUCGUCAUGGUCAUCAGCACGCACCCGACUACAGCCAAUCUGACGGUUUUCUUGGGAAAGCCCAAGCAACCUGAGCAGCGCAACUUGCUCACGCAGACAUAUUGCCGCGUGGAAUCUUCGACAAGCGGAACAGCGCCAUCGCUUGCUGACGGCUUGAGCGAACUCAGCAAGCUCAGCAGCCUGCUGUUGAAGAACGCCGAGCACCACAAGACAAUGUACAACGCCGAUAACGAUCAAGAGAUGCUGGCGCUCUGUCGCAAGAUCUCAGAUGUAUGGGCAAGCAUCUCUGCUCACAUGCUGGUUCCAGGCUCCGAGGCCUCGCCGACUACAUCUACUGCAGAGGUAGCUGCCAUCGGCGACAUUAGUGAUGGCCAGAUCUGCGCCUCACACGCCUUCGCAGCGCAGGCACAUGCGCAGAUUCGCUCAGCUCCUGGUCGCUUCAAACGCUUGGUGUCGGAGAUCAACGUUCUGAAGACCAGCCUCCCGCCUGGUAUCUUCGUCCGCCAUGGAGAGUCCCGCUUGGACGUGAUGAAAUUCGUCAUCAUCGGCCCGGAAGGUAGCCCGUACGAGAACGGGAUGUGGGAGUUCGACAUGUACUGUCCCGCGGAGUAUCCAAAUGCUCCACCCCUGGUCACAUUCAAGACAACCGGUGGCGGACUGCACGGGAUGAACCCAAACCUGUACCCGGACGGCAAGGUCUGCUUGUCUCUGCUGGGUACUUGGCAAGGGGAGCCUUGGAAACCGGGACAGUCGACUCUACUACAAGUGUUGGUUUCACUUCAAGCUAUGGUGUUCUGCGAGCAGCCAUGGUACAACGAGCCAGGCAGGGAACGCAAGUUCGCCAGCAGCAUUGCUAGCAAGGCCGCUGAUCGAUACAACCGCGAAAUCCGCGAACUGACGGUUCGCCUCGGGAUGCUCGACUGGCUGGAGAAGGCGCCCCAGAUCUGGCGAGAAGUCAUGGAUCAACACUUCAAUUCCAACGCAGACAAGGUGCUGCGCACAGUCACGGAGUGGAGCAAGCAGUUCAGCCCUGGCCCGAGGCGACCCGGUGCGCACGCUGAAGCGCCAGACCGACCAGAGUCCUACGAGUACGGGUUUGGCAACCGCGAGACCGGGUAUAAAGCUACGCUCCCUCGAUUACACGGGCUCCUGCAAAAGUACGGUGCAACGAUGCCGCUUCCAGAAGUCUGCGAACCGGACCACCCACCACCGCGAGCGAAGAAGACGCGCGUCGAGGAGUCGCAGGCUGAGAGCUCCCGAGACGCUGCUCUCCCACACGAUCCAGAGACACCCUCGUUGUACUACGAAAAUGAUGAGAUGGCGGCAGUCAUGGCUGAGGAUGACAUGGAUGACAUGCAGGACAUGGAUGAAAUCUUCGGUCCGCUGGGCGCAUUGGUGGGGCCAUUCCCUGGGGGAUAUGCAGGCCGUGGCGCACACCAUAAUGACUACAAUUUCAGCGGCCGAGGGCAGGUACUCGGUGCAGGACCGAGUGGUGCUACACAUCCAGCGCAUGCCUUCCUCACUCCUCCGGCAGCAUCAAACCGUGGGGGUGGUCACGACAGCGCUCGACACUAUGGGGGCUGGACGGCAGGCCUCGGUCGUGAGAGCGGUCGUGGGAGAGGUGCGCCUGCACAGUACGAUCCGAAUGCGUCCAUUCACGAGCUCAUGUUCGGCAAGGGCAGGAGACUCGGCGAUGCUGAGGACAAGGUGGGGCGCGGCGGUCGUGGUGGAGGGUUCCUCGGCGAGUUUGGGCGAGGUCAUCGAGGCGAUUGAGGGGGAGGCGGAAGCCCAGCGGCGUGAGAAAGUGUCUCUCGCGUGUAAAGACGGUGACGGCACAUUGAACAGCUAGGCAUGGCGUGUGCAGGAUGGAGUUUAGGAAUCUCGGCAUACAACGCACUGGGAAUAUGAGUUCGAGCGAUCUAUAGAUGAAAGACUCGUGUGGAG